UUGGCGAAGUGGCGAACGGAACAGGUCGAGUUCCAUCACCUUGAUACGUCUGGCUUGUGUGUUUAGGUUAAAUAAAUUAAUGGUUGAAAUAAAUACCUCACUUUCUCCUUAAUAUAAAUAUCAAAACACCAUCAUGGAUGUAUUCUUGAUGAUCAGACGAAAAAAAUUAACGAUUUUCACGGAUGCCAAGGACACGACCACGGUUUUAGAGCUGAAGAAAAUUAUAGAAGGAAUUCUUAAGAUACCGCCACACAACCAACAACUGUUCAAUAAGGAUAACACGGUAAUGGAAGAUAGUCACAUGCUACAGGAUUACGGACUGACUUCGACCACUGCAAAGGCACAGAGCCCUGCCACCGUCGGGCUUGCCAUAAGAGACGAUAAUGGGCCUUUCGAACAACUAGAUCUAGUACAAUACUCAGUGCCCCCAGAUCUGCCGGACGUGAUGAAAUCGCAGGAGAGCAACGGACAGGAGCAGUCGUCUUGAACUAUAACCAUAACCUCAAUAAUUCCGUUUUUACAUGUAAGGAUUGCCAAGCUGUUUUCUCCUUGGGGAGGAUGAUUUCGUAUUUUAGAGAUAUCAAUUAAAAAUAGGUGGGCCCGGAUCUGACUCGAGUCUCAAAAUGGAAAUCAUUCGAGAAAUGUACUUACAGUUAAGUUUUUCGGAGCGCUAAGUAGAGAAAUUUUCCUCCCAUUCGGAGAACGCGGCAGUCCUAAACACAUCGAACAUAUUAAGGAUUUAACGCGUCUCUUACCAAAUAGUUUCUAAUUUCAUUUCGAUGCCAGGUAUUAAAAAAAAUUCAUAAGGAAGAAGUUUGAUAACGCAACUAGCUUAAUUAAUACAUUAUCGUAAGCGGGGUACACUUAUUGUACUUCUUACAAAUAAAUUCUCUUUGCCAAUAGUUUCGAGGAUAAAUACAGACUGUCUAUUAUUAUUUUUUCGCAAUUUAGUUAACAUCAUUUCAUGUACACAGCUUUUAAUGGUAUUUAAAAGUCUUUUAGGUAAUUGAACUGUAACUAGAGUAAUUUUUAUUUUAUUGUUAAUGUGAUAAUAUCCCUGGAACUAAUUUAUUUUUUAAAUAAAUGUUCUGUAUAUAUAGCUUCAAUUUUUUGUUUUUUUUUUCUCACCAGCCGUUAUCUUUCAGGAAUAAUCGAUGGUCUGUAUCGAAGUAGGAUGUUUAUUUUUAGCAAUGUAUCUGCAUGUUGCGCAAGCGGUAGUAGAAAAUAUUAUCUUUUCGAACAGUAACUUUUUCCGGAUUUAACAGAAAUGGAAUUUUUUUACAAAAGGAUGUUUUCGACAUAUCUAACUUAAACUAAGGCCUCCUGAGUUUCCUAAGAGCUUUCUUUCAUUUGUUUAUGUGUACUACACAGUACGGGUGUUUCAGUUCGAGUGAAUCAAACUUUAUCCACAAAGAGAACACGAUGAAUAAUUCAGAAUUGUCUUCGAGAGCAAGGGUCUAAGUAGCACCGUUUUCACUGUACAGGGCCGUAUUGGUCGGUUUUUAAAA